AUGCCAUACGGCCGUGUAUCACAGCCAUACGGCCGUGUAUCGCAUGCGCCCUUCUUUCUGCUCAGGGUGCGUACAGAAUCCCCUCGCGCGCGCGCGAUACGCGACGCCCUUGAUUUCCGCGUCGGCCGGUCAUGGGACGUCGUCUCGGGAUGCAUGUAUGUUUUACCCGUUGGGGACUCGGGAGUGUUAAACCCCCCUUGUCGGCGCGGAGCGGGAUAG